AAAAUGCGUAUUUAAUUCAAACAAUGCCAAUAUAUCAAUGGACUGAGUAGUGAAUUGAAAGCAAAGAGAGAAGAAGAAGACAAAAGAGGAACGCUCCCUCUCAUUUUCCAUCAACCUGAACAAAACCAUCUCUCUUUUCUGGCCUUUAGUUUCAGGUUUUAGAGUUUCCGUCCUUUGGUUCUUAAAACUCUUUUGUCAUAUUAAGGUAAAAGAGGAGAAGAUGGUUCACAUGAUGAACAAGAUCGAGGAAAGUUCAAGAUGGUGGUGGUUUGAUAGUCACCACGACGGUUCAAAGCGCUCCCAAUGGCUUCAAUCCACUCUUUCUGAGUUGGACUCCAAGACCAAGGCAAUGCUAAAAUUGAUUGAGGAAGAUGCAGAUUCUUUUGCAAAGCGUGCAGAAAUGUAUUACAAGAAACGUCCCGAGUUGAUUAGCUUGGUUGAAGAUUUCUACCGAUCCCAUCGUUUACUCGCUGAGCGGUAUGAUCAAAUUAAGUUGGACCCUGGAAAUCGCCUUGUAACAACAUUGGGAUCCCCGUUUUCUUCCAUGAAGUACUGCCAUUCAGAGAAGACGAUCAACUUGAUGGAUAAACUCUAUGAUAGCAGCUCCGAGACCUUUGAUUCUGAAGACUAUGCUGAAUCAGAAGUUGAUGACCCUGAAAAUGAUGAAACUGGGGAGGAAGUCGAGGAUCCCAAGCAGGAAGAUAAAUACGAAGCCGGUUUAGUAACUAAAGAAGGCCAUGUUGUGAAGGAAGAUGAAUCUUCAAAGGUGUUCCGUGAUGAAUUGAUGAAGUUAAGGGAAGAAAUAGAGAAACUGAAAGAAGAGAACAAGGUUCAGAAGGCUCAAUUAAUUCAGAAAGAUGAAGAGAAGAAAGAGGUGAUUAGACAACUCAGUUAUGCUGUCCAAGCGCUCAAGGAUGAGAACAUGGAGCUGAAGAAGAAUAUGGUUAAAAGACCAUCCCCCAGUAAAUGGAGUCCCUUUGAAUUUAACAAAAUAAAGGGAGGACUAUUUGGGAUGUUGUUGAAUGGGUCCCCAUUGUCUCGUUCUACUAUCAUUGCCCUGUAGUUUUAGUUAGGUUGCAUUAAGGUAAGUAGCAUAUACAUAUACAUAUAGGAAAAGAGGGCAGUUCAAAUUAGGAACUUAGAAGAAUUGUCAUACAUGUGUUUACCUUCUGAGAAAAUUUUUCAGUGUUUGCUAUUCUUUCGUUCAAUUGUUUCAUUUGUGUACUUGUUUUCCCUUGUUACUAUUUCUUUUUUUGUUUUUCCUUAUUGUGACAGAGUUGAACUUAAUGUAGUCUUUGUGCUAAUAAUAUAAGCAUUUUUUGGUACCAAA